CAGUUUUAAUCCGUUUCCUGUGAGAAACAAAUGACAUUGUGUAUCUCUGUCUCCCAGCCCCAGAAAAACCCCGUUAAAUGAAAAAAGAACAGAAAGGAACGGGGGAGGAAAUGGAAGACAGUACUGCAUUGUGGCAUAUUCAACACUGAUGGUGUGAGGUCAUACUGUGUGAGAUAUGAGCUGCUGUGGGGAAUUCAGACACACUGACUGACCAACACUGUGGGCAGUGGAAGACACAAUCUCUCUCUCUCUCUGCCUUUCUCUCUCUUUCUGUAAGUCUCAGAGGAGCAUAAAGAGCUGUUCUAUCAGUUGGAGUAAAGAUGGAGGUCCCAUGAUUCAUCUCCUGUCAACUACUGUUGUCAUGUGUCAGCAAGAUGCAGUGCACAAAUGGAAAACAAAGGUUUACAUUAUACGCUGCUGACGACACCAGGUCUCCAUGACAGCUUAUGCGUGUGUGUGUUCUGGAGAGGCUGAGGAGAGUGUGUAUGAGCCUGUCGUUCCUCUGGAGUCUACGGGACCAUGGCACCUGUCAGGAACGGAUGAACUUCAGGCUUAAAGGACUCGCGGGGGAAAAAGAAAGAGAAAAAAGCUGAAAGAGUAAAAGCUUUCAGUGUAGAGAGGAAACUCCACAUUCACAGCAUCACUGUAACAACAAGCAGAACGACUGAGAGCCGUCACUGCAACAGCUGCCACAAAAACCAGCAUCCCAUUCAACCAUCUGUGUGGCAGCUGUCUGCGGUUUAUUGCUGAUGAGAAGUUCUGGUCCUCCUCAGAAGAUGAUGCCGAUGAUGAUGAUGAUGUGCUGCUCGCUGGUCCUGCUUGGGCUGAUUGGCCUCAGUGCUUCAUCCAGCGGAAGUUCAUCUUCCUCACCCCGGAUGAAGCUGUCUUAUAAAGAUCUCCAGCAGUUUAAUGGCAUUAAGCGGUUUGACUUGGAGCGCUCGUGUUGUUUCGGAGCUCUCCUAUUGGACGAGGAAAGGGGGCGGCUGUUUGUUGGAGCUCGCAACUUUCUGUUAUCUCUCAGUCUCGACAACAUCAGCAAACAGGAACAGAAGAUCUACUGGCCAGCGCCUGUUGAUUGGAGAGAAGAGUGCAACUGGGCCGGGAAAGACAUCAAUACGGACUGCGUAAACUAUGUGAAAGUGCUACACCACUACAAUCGGACUCACCUGUAUGCCUGUGGGACAGGGGCUUUCCACCCCACCUGUGCUUAUGUGGAGGUGGGACAGAAGAUAGAGGAUCAUGUGUUUAAAAUCGACCCCUCUAUGGUAGAAGAUGGAAAAGGAAAGAGUCCAUACGACCCACGCCACACAUCAGCAUCUGUUCUAAUUGGUGAUGAGCUUUAUGCAGGCGUGGCCACUGAUUUGAUGGGACGUGACUUUACAAUCUUUCGCAGCAUGGGACAACGGCCCUCCAUACGAACAGAACAGCACGAUUCUCGCUGGCUUAAUGAGCCCAAGUUUAUUGCGGCCUUUGGUGUUCCAGAGAGUGAGAAUCCUGACGAUGAUAAAGUCUUCUUCUUCUUCAGAGAAACUGCUGUAGAAGCUCAGGGAUUUGGGAAGGUUACAUAUUCCCGGAUUGGUCAGCUCUGCAGGAAUGAUAUGGGAGGACAGCGCAGUCUAGUAAAUAAGUGGACGACAUUUCUAAAGGCUCGUCUUGUGUGUUCUGUACCAGGCAAUGAUGGCACUGAAACACAUUUUGAUGAACUUAGGGAUGUGUUCCUGCUGCAGACCCGUGACCGAAAGAACCCGCUGAUCUACACCGUCUUCACCACCUCAAGUAGCGUAUUUCAAGGUUCUGCAGUCUGUCUCUACACCAUGAAUGACAUUCGCCGGGCAUUUUUAGGACCUUUUGCCCAUAAAGAGGGACCCAAUUAUCAGUGGGUUCCGUUCCAGGGUAAAGUGCCGUACCCACGGCCAGGCAUGUGUCCCAGUAAAACGUUUGGGAGUUUUGAGUCCACUAAAGGUUUCCCUGAUAACGUAAUCCAGUUUGCAAGGCACCAUCCAUUAAUGUUUAAUCCAGUCACUCCACUGGGAGGCCGGCCUCUGUUCCUACGUACUGGAAUACCAUACACCUUCACUCAGAUUACUGCAGACCGCGUCAACGCAGCUGAUGGACACUACGAUGUAAUGUUCAUCGGCACAGAUGUCGGCUCAGUGCUGAAGGUGAUCUCUGUGCCCAAAGGAAGCUGGAGUAACACAGAGCUUCUGCUAGAAGAGCUUCAGGUCUUUAAGGAUUCAUCAUCUAUUACCAGUAUGCAGAUUUCCUCUAAACGGCAACAGCUGUAUGUUGGCUCAGACACAGGUGUUGUCCAGGUGCCUCUGCACCGCUGCAGUAUGUACGGUAAAGCUUGUGCCGAGUGCUGCUUGGCCCGAGAUCCGUACUGUGCCUGGGACGGACACACCUGCACACGCUACCUGCCAAACACAAAACGGAGGUUCCGGCGUCAGGAUGUGAGGAAUGGGGAUCCUAAUGCACUCUGCUCAGGAGACCAUCAGAAGCAGCGUGUCCUGGAGAAGAGGCUGUAUGCUGUGGAUGGAAGCAGCUCCUUCCUGGAAUGCAUCCCGAAAUCUCUACAGGCCCAGAUUACAUGGACCUAUCAGAGGCACCCGGAAAACCCACGGGAGGAGGUUCGUCUAGAUGACCGUGUCUUGCAGACCGAGCGAGGCCUGUUGCUAAGGCGAGCUGUGCGUAGAGACGGUGGCGUGUAUCAGUGUCACGCGAUGGAACAUGGAUUCACCCAAACCCUCCUCGCGAUCACGCUGGAGAUUUUGCCUUUGGCUGGCUCCGCCCCUUCAGCGCCUAUCCCUCGCAGCCCCGCCCACUCACACGCCAAUUAUGGGCAGUCCACCAAUCAAAAACUGUGGUACAGAGACUUCAUGCAGUUGGUGGAUCACCCAAACUUAAACACAGUCGACCAGAUCUGCGAACAAGUUUGGUCACGCAGGCACAGCCUAUCAGGGAAGAGUGCUCCAGAUCCAGCCAAUGAGGCGCCGGUUCACAACCCGCUGCACUCUAAAAAGUGGAAGCACCUGAAGGAAAUGAGGAAAGGGCGAAAUCGCCGAACACACGAUGGGAGACCCGCCCCAGAGCACCGCGGAGCACGGGAGAGUAGCGAGGGAUGAGAGACAGAGUAAAAAAGAGACUGAGAGACAGAAAGAAAGAGCAAAAACCACUGGAGGUGGACAGAUUCUCACACAGCAUCUCAUUCAGUGACUGUUUAUCGCCUGUUCUGCUUCUUAUUACCCCUGUGACGACACUCCACUGCCUGUUAUCAGUCUCUAUAUACUCUAUUGCUCUCAUCUCCAGUCUGAAGACUCAAUCUAGUGCCCCCACGACCCCAAUCCUGCUCCCGCCAGCAUCUAUUACUCCUGAUGGUUAUCCAGAAACCCACACCCCAUCCAUCUGAAUACUAACACAAAACUCAAGAGGUCCUAAAGUCCAAAAAAUCCCUUUGAAUCGUAACAGGAAAAGCUUUGAUCGGAAAUUGAAGACAGAAAGACGUGCAUGCACUCUUGUGGACAAACAUUGAGUAAAUCCAUGCAUACUCUUCUUUGUUUUCAUCUGGGUGUUUGUGCAACAUGUGUUCUUAGAUUAGAUUCUUCUCUCACUUUGGCCCUGAAACACAUACCUCACAGACCUUUGACUCACCAGCACCAUAUGAACAUCAUCACUCUUCUAUCACUGCUUGAAGACUUAAAACACAUUUCAAGCAAACAAAAGAUAAAAAAAAGGAGAAAAACUGUACAUUGUGAUCUGGUAGGGUUUUUCAUGUGACGGUAAUUAUAUACCUUGUGUGUGUAAAGGGUUCAGUGAGCUUUAUAUUUCUGGCAGUUCUGUAAACUAACAAAGGUGAAUUAUUUUGAGUUAUGAAGUUGUUUCAGGUGUUCUGAUUAUGUGUUGUAUGAGACUGAGAUGGACACAGCAUUAGUGUACAGGGGCAUUAUGGUAGUAUGGUCUGAGACCAGGUGAGGAAGAACUCUUUUAGACACUUUUAGGGCAAAACUUACAACUAACCUGUUAAAAUAGAAAUAAAAAGUCAGAAGAGUUAUGUAGGCUAUAUGUGUCUGUGUAAGAGAGAUUUACAUGCUUUUUAUACAGCUCUGCCAUAUAUAUUCACUGUAGAAAAAAAGUGUUCUGUGAGCAUCAUAUUAUUAUAUAUAUAAGACCACAGCUAAUGUAUUACGUAUGCUAGAUAAUGGGUUAAAUCAGGAAACACGGAUCCAAAGCCCUCUCUGAAGAGAAGAAACAAGAAAAAAGUACCCAAGAAAAAUGUCUUUAGCUCUCACUCUGACAUUUCAGAUGAAUAUUUAAUUUAACACAUUCAAAGAGUCUAGCCAAUGGGCCAUUUAUUUUUCAUUGACUCUUUCUGUCUUUUGAAAAUAGCAGUGUUGAAUUUGUCGGUAAAAUGCAUGUUUACAAACGUUCGAUGCCAAUUUUUUUUUUUUUUUUAAUGCGUUGCAAAAGCGGUAUGGGAGCGAGUCAGACAAAUUCUAUAAAUUUACCGUGGAAAUUUUUCUGCACAAAAUACCAUAGUUAGGCUACUUCAGUCAUAGUCGCUAACUUAUAACUGUGGUAACAUGAUAUCCACCGCCAGAAAAAAAGAGAAGAAAACGAAAGUUUGUACAGUAUUUUGGACUCUACGGCGGUAACUGGAUGGUGCUGGCGCAGGAGAGUCUCUUGGUCUGAGCGCCCUCUUCUGGUGUCUGUGGGUAUUUGUGGUUUCUGCUGUGUCCAGGAUGAGAGAAACGUGGCAUUGUAAAAUAAUCAAUUCUGAUUCAUUUUUAAAUGGAUGUAAGAAUGUUUUGAGCGGAACUGGCGGAUUAUCAUUUGGUAGUAUUUAUAUCAGUUUUCUAAAAGUUGUACUUAAUGGUUAUUUUUGCAUGACUUAAAACGUCUUGAUGAGCGUUUUUAUACAAUGGAAAGACCAUGUUUUAAAACUGUCCUGCAAGAUUAUCUGGUGUUUUCAGCAUAUAUUUAUGGCUCGAUAAGCUAAUGUGUUGUGGUGGUUUGUAAUGAAACUGACCUACAUGUGUAAUGUCCAUUUUGAUAGAGGAGUAUAUGAGAACAUCCUUGUGUGUAUAUUUUGAAAUCCUCUCCCUUCUUUUGAAUACAUAUUUAAAGACACAAUUCGAAAGUAAUAAUUUGGGUGGUUUAAAAGACUAUUCCAACAGCAUUUCAAACUCAUCUGAUUUUCCUGUCUUUGUGACGCUUCUCAGCUUUUGAGAGAGUGUAAGAAAAAAAGCGGGUGUAGGCAAUGUGUGUCUCAAAGUGAAAGGCUCUGUGUGUUUGUGCCAUUAAAUAUUAGGAUUUCUGUACAUUGGGGAAAAUUGUAAGUUGCAUUUUGUGGACAAGUCAAAGGUUGAAGGUAAAAGUUGACGUGAACACUGUAUUAUUCCCUGAGUAUUUUCUCUGUGGAUUGUUGCAUCAGACUGUAAAUGAUUAACACAAUAAAACAUACAGUUACUGA